UAUAUAUCUAAUACAUCUUUAUUAACUACAUAAUAGUAUCUAUCUAGUCGCCGGGAUGAUAGCAAGGAUGACCAGGAGUCCGAGAGUUCAAGUUGUUCCUAGCAUGAAUCUUAGCCCUACUCAGAGCCGGCAGGGCCCAAUGCUACAGGUUGACUGAAGCCAUGAAGAUCCUGCCUCAGCCACACAUUACGUCAAAUGGUUGAGUUUAAUAUAUCUCUGUGCUGUGUUACCUUAACAAUAGACCAGGUAUCCCUAGCACUCGGAAUAACCGGGACCAGCAUGUUCCGCGCAAGUUGUUCAGAGAUAAGGUACAUUAACCAACAGGGAUCCCUGGAACUACUAGUGGUACUCUCCGAUCACGUACAAAAUGCGCCACUGAGGUCGUGUACUCGCUGUAAUAGACAGCGGUAUUUUCAAGACGAACCGGUAUCUAUGAAACUAAGGUUGAAUUCUGAAUAACCUGCCGUCCUGAUCUAGAUAUUGUCAGGAAAAGCAAAGGAACCA